AUGGCAUCGCUUAACAUAAACAGUUUACUCGCUCAUAUUGACGACCUUAGGAUAUUUGUGACUGAUUCUAAAAUUGAUAUACUUGCAAUCAAUGAGACAAAGCUAGACAGUUCCAUUGGUGACUCCGAAAUAUCUCUACCAGGAUUCGAAGUCGUUAGGAGGGAUCGUCCGGUGAAUGGGAGAUGGGGUGGCGGUGUUUGUAUAUAUUUACGAAAUAACAUAAAUUAUCAUAUACGGCAUGACUUAAGUGAUAACCAACUCGAAUGCCUUGUUAUCGAAAUUACUAGGCCGCAUUCUAGACCCUUUUUAGUAAGCACGUGGUACCGACCUCCAAGUUCCUCCCAGGACAUUUUUAGUCGAUUUGAAAUCCUGGUGGAUAAAAUUGACUCGGAAAACAACGAUUUCUACCUGCUGGGAGAUCUGAACUGUGAUAUGUUGCACAAUCGGUCAAACUACCACAUUUCGUCCAAUUUAACGAAUAUAUUUGAUAUUUACGGAUUGAGCCAAAUGAUCUCUGAACCAACCAGGAUUACAUCAACAUCACGCACAUUAAUUGACCUUGUAUAA